AAAGGAAAAGGAAGCGGGCAGAUCUUAAAGGGGACGCAGCCAUUUCUUAAGUCUCGUUCCUUUCUCUAAUUUUGCAAGGACAAACGCAGAAAAGUAGGUUCCGGAAGCCGAGCGCAGCUGGAGCAGCAGGGGCCGCAACUGUAGGCGGGAGCUCCCGCGAGGCAGGCGGAGGCCAGCGUCUGCCCAUAGGAAGGGCGGGGUGUGCGCGCCCCCUGCGCCCGGCGCACCGCUGGGUCGGCCCAUGCUCCGGCCGGCAGCGAGCUUGAACAUCUGGGACCCGGCAGGGACCUGCACGCAGUGGGCGUGGCUGAUGCGCCGGGCUGGAGAGUGAAUCUGCACCUGGACUGGGACAGAGUUGGCACCUCCAGUUAAGGCCCAGAGCGGCCAGGGGACCUCCGCGAUGGCAAGCGAAAAUAUCUUCCUGUUUGUGCCUAACCUCAUCGGUUAUGCUCGGAUUCUCUUCGCCAUCAUUUCUUUCUACUUCAUGCCCUGCUGCCCCCUCACGGCCUCCUCCUUUUACCUGCUCAGCGGACUUCUGGACGCUUUGGAUGGACACGCUGCUCGAGUCCUUAAUCAAGGGACCCGGUUUGGGGCCAUGCUGGACAUGCUGACAGACCGGUGCUCCACGAUGUGUCUGCUGGUCAACCUGGCUCUGCUGUACCCUCGCGCCACCCUUCUGUUCCAGCUCAGCAUGAGCUUGGAUGUGGCCAGCCACUGGCUGCACCUCCACAGUUCUGUGGUCCGAGGCAGUGAAAGUCACAAGAUGAUCGACCUGUCUGGAAACCCUGUGCUUCGCAUCUACUACACCUCCAGACCUGCUCUGUUCACCCUGUGUGCUGGAAACGAGCUCUUCUAUUGCCUCCUCUACCUGUUUAAUUUCUCCGAGGGACCUUCAGUUGGCUCGGUGGGUCUUUUCCGAAUGGGCCUCUGGAUCACUGCCCCUAUCGCCCUGCUCAAGUCUCUCAUCAGUGUCAUCCACCUGAUCACAGCUGCCCGCAACAUGGCUGCCCUGGACGCGGCAGAUCGGGCCAAGAGGAAGUGACCCUGGAACCUCCAGCCCCUGGCUGCCCACCUGCCCUGGGAGUCUCACUGUGCUACGCGGCUCCCCAGUCUCUUCCUAGGAGGAGGGCCCAGGCUCACAUCUUUCCAAUUGUGUCAUCCAAACUGCUGGGAACAGGGGGUGGGCAUCCUCUUUGGUGAUAUGAUGUUCUCCGUAAUCCUGGGGACCAGUCCUCCCACCCCCGUAAUUGCCAAGGACCUGGACUUCAAAUCAGGAAGGAUGCUCAGGAGGCCCCACCCACACGGGCAGUGCUUCGGGGGCCCCAAGAGAGCUGGCUGAGGACUGGGCAUUGUCACACCUGUUGGCUCAGCCCUGGGAUCUGGCUUGGCCUGAGAUCUUAGGGAUUUGAGUAAGGGAGGUGGGAUAGGGGCCAGGGUUCCCAAGAGGAAGGGAUUCAGACCUCUGCCCCUGGCUGGAGGAAGCCUGUGGGUACCGUGGCUAGGAGAAAAGGGGCCGUCAAGAUCCCCAUUGCAAUCUCCUCUGUCCUGGCUCUGAAGGCCUUGAUAAUAAAGGAGGGGAUGUCACUGUUCUGGAGUUGGUUUCCUUGGAGAUACUCUUGGAGCAGGGCCUGGGUUGAGGGGAGAGGUUGGGGGAAAAAUGGUGAUCCAUCUGGAUACUAGUUUACUAGCUGGCUCCUUCCUGUCGCUCCUCAGUGACCUCAGAGCCCCUCCCUGCCACCCAAGCUCAUUCCGUGUCCCCUGCCUGCUUGCUUUAUUUCCUUUACAACACCUGUCACUGGCUGUCUACAGUUACUUGUGUACUUGUGAUAUUUUCUACACUCACUAAAAAGUAAACUCCACAAGG